CUUCUGCAGUCCGACAUAGGUUUUGGAGGCCAAGUACCCCUCCGACUGAGGAACAAAAACCCAGACUGCAAUAAUGUCAGGGGAAAAAGGCACUUUGGAUCCAUAUGCAGAGGAGAAGGCAGGGAGCAAAUUUUGGCGAAAGGCUAAGGAGGCGCCAUAUGUUCCUUUGGGUAUAACUGGAGCCCUGGCAGCAGUAACAUACUCGAUUGUGCACUACAGACAUCGUCACCCAGAGGUGAAGCCUUCUGUUUAUGUCAUUCACACGCGUCUCGCAGCUCAAGGCUUCGUCAUAGCAGCCAUGAUUGGAGGGAUCUGUUACUCCAUGUUCAAUGAACACUUCAAGCCUAUGUGGGACGAGAAAUUCCAUCACGAACGCAUGACUAAGAAGAAAGAACAUUAGUGGAUUGCAUGUCAGUUGUAGUGUUCCUCUCUCCCCAAUGCUGAUUCAUCCCAACUCAAGAUUGGAUCAUUUCAUUUAGCAGACUUUGAGUUGGCCAAGUUUUGGAUGAAUGGGCAUAGGAUGAGGGUAUCACAUUAGGACUUUUGAAUGCAUGUGGUUUCAGAGAUGGAUUCUUGCAUAUGAAAAUUUUGACCUCUGCCAGCAGAGUUCAGGGGAACACGUUUAUUGCCAAAUUUUAUUCACUGCCUCAUCCUCUGAGUGACCUGCUCAUGACAAUGGCUUUUUCAGCAUUGCCUCUUGAGGACUUGGCUUAUUUCUGUAUUGGUACAAGUUUUCUGCAUCCAUAUGUUCUUAGCAAUGUGGCCAGAAUGGCAGUGAAGGGAUCUUGCAUGAGAAUAGGUCAUUGUUUCAUAGCUCUGGUAUAGUGUUUCUCUUGUGUCAAUUCUGUGAGAAAGCAGAAAUAUACAAACUGGCAGUCUCUGAU